AAAUAUAUUAUGUUUCAAAAAAUAUAGUUAUGUAUAUUUCUUUUAAAAACGCCAAAAAUCAUUCAAUAAAGUGCUUAAAAUUAUGAAUGUUAUAAUUUUACAAAAUUAAAAUAGUAUAAAGAGCAGUAUGGAGAGAGAUGUAUCCAGCUACAUGGAAGAAUCGUAUGUGUGUACAUUACUAAAAUGUUUUAUUUUUAAUCAGUUUAUUGUACAAUAAUGUUCACUAAUAUAAUAAUACUAAAAUAUUUCUUCAUUGAAGGAACCUCUAUAUAAACGGUGGGAGUUUUGUGAGAAUCUCCAAGGUGAGGUCGAGAGCUCAGAAAAACUAGAGUGUGAGAGAGAGUGUUUGUUUGAGAGUGAGAGAAAGAAAAAAAGAUUUUGAGUGAAAUUAGGGUUUUACUUCUCAUUCUAUUUAUCUUUAAACUGUCAAAAUCCUAGCUUCUUCGGUUUCCUUUCUUUUUAAUCGUCUGUCUUUCUUUAAAACACAAAUCACGACUUUCUUAUGAAGUGUUGUUUUUUGGAUUUAUAUUUUUUUUCAAAAUUCAUCCAGUAGACACACUUUAGCCAAAACAAAAUCAGGUGUUUCCUAGAAAUCAAGAUCCUAAAUACUAUGAUUUUUUCUGUCAUUUAACAUUCUUUUUGUUGAUUUAUAGAGUUGAUCAACUUCGUGGGCAUUUUUUAGUUCCCUCAAGUUUGAUCCUCUUUUUAUUUAUUUAUUUGUGGAUAUAUUUCCGUAGUUUUGAUCUAAUGGAGGUUGCUUAUUUCAAACCUCUUUGAUCCAAUUUAUUUCUACAAAAAAAAAAAUCCAGUCUUUGAAUUUUUUUCCUAAAAAAGACAGGGUUUCUUUCAACAGGUUUCUAAAUAUAAUAUUUUGUUCUUGUAGCAUAUCUUUUUUUUUUUUGUUUCAGGAACCUCUCAUGGCGGAUUUCUUCGGUAGCAGCCAUGGCGGCGAACUAAUGGAAGCACUUCAACCUUUUUACAAAAGUGCUUCCACGUUUGCUUCAGACUCCGCGUUUGUAUCUUCAAACGCUGCAUUUCCGUCCACGCCAAAUGAUCCCUUUUCUUUUUCUUAUUAUAAUUACCAGCCUCAAAAUAUCUCUUCCUUUUCCACGACCCACUCUGAUUAUGGAUCCUUCCCGGAUAUUUAUCCUGGAUCCAUGACCUAUCCAUCUUCAUUUCCCUCGGAUCUUCAAAAACAACCCGAUCAAAACUACCAAGCUCAAUUUCAUUACCAAAACGAUUCAACAAAUACUCACCAAGACAACCAUUAUACGCUCAAUUUCGUCGACCCAAACAACUCAGAUUUUUUAAUCCAACCUGAUCCGGUUCCAAGUUCGGGUUUAGUUCCAAAGCCGACUAAACUCUAUCGUGGAGUGAGGCAAAGGCACUGGGGAAAAUGGGUUGCUGAGAUUCGUUUACCCAGGAACCGAACCCGUCUAUGGCUCGGAACAUUCGACACAGCCGAGGAAGCCGCGUUGGCCUAUGAUCGUGCAGCGUUCAAGCUUCGCGGUGACUCAGCUCGACUGAAUUUUCCGGCUCUACGAUACCAAACCGGUUCAUCUCCGUCUGAUAUCGGUGUAUACUACGGACCUAUUCAAGCUACCGUUGACGCCAAGCUCGAAGCCAUUUUAGCUGAGCCAAAGAAUCAGCCAGGAAAAAAAGAGAGAACGUCGAGAAAUAGAGCUAAAGCUACGCCUUCUUCGAUUGAGCAUUCCACGCCUCAACAACAAUCCGGGUCGGGCGAGAGUGAUGGGUCAGGUUCACCGCCUUCGGAUAUGAUGGCGCUGGAGAUGUGUGUUGAGACACCGAUUCCGUGGAAUGAUAAUUUCAUACUUGGAAAGUGUCCUUCUUACGAGAUCGAUUGGGCUUCCAUAUUAUCGUGAAAAUUUAUGAUUUAAUUAAUUAUUCUUUAAAUCAAGAUUUUGUAUUUGUGUUUAAAUUUCUAGUGGUCUUAGUUGUGCCUACUUUCAAAUUUGUGAUUUAGGAAAGUAUAAACUGUAAAUUAUGGAAAGUAGAAGGUUUUUGUUCAUGUCGUACCAUGCAGAUCUUUUCAUUUAAAAACUAAAAAUUGAGUUUGGUUGGUAAUUUUUUGUUUGAAAGGCUUUUUUU